CUUCACACAGCACCAGAGGAAGAAGGCUUUUGUCCUAACCUGUUGUUUCUACUCGAAACGCGUACGUUUCUUUAUUUACUUUGAAAAAUUCAUUUGAUUGAGCAAUAUAUUUGUGUAAUUUCUUUUUAUUCUUUUGAGAUUGGUGAUUUACUCAUUUGUCAGUCAGUUAAGGUUUGACUGCAUAUUUUUCCCAACAUUUCAUUCUUUUCGUAUUGUCGUUCGUUUUUUCUAUGCUGUUAGAUACUAUAGAAUUUAUCUUCAUCUAGUUCUCAUUUACAAGUCAACGUUUAGUUUUUUAUUUGGAUAUCCGUUCAUGCUUGGAUAAUAACAAGCUUCUAUUCGUCUUCGUUCUUUUCUAAAUAGUCUCUCUCUUUUAUUUUCCUUCUUUUUAUAACUUUUCACUACGGUUCUAGCGUUUUACUGGGGAGUUAUUUUUCCGAGGAUAAGUCGAUUGUCUAAUAAUCUUAUUGUUUGGCUGCGAUACCAUGAAAUUCUUCUAUUACCCGUCCUUCUCUGUGUGGUUUCUCCAAAUUCUUAUAUUCUUUCAUCUGGGAAGUCACCAUGCAUAUGCCAAUCUAAAUUCCCCCUUUGGGUGUUACCAGGUAGAUGAAAGUUUAAGUGAAAAAGGAACUCAUAAAUGGCUUACUCCUCAGUAUUGCUACGAUAAUAUAUGUAAGGACGAUCCUGAUAUUUCUUUUGUCGCUGUUCGCGGAGUCAGUUGCUAUUGCGGCAAUACACUUACAGCCAAAAAGGUAGAUUCCAGUAAUUGCAACACUGUAUGUCCUGGAUGGGAUGAGUUUAAAUGUGGCGGUGAUCUGUACUGGUCGGUUUAUUUGACCGGUAAUGGUAUUUUGCAUACUUCAUCUUCUACUACCUCUUCUCAAACAUCUUCUUCAAAGGCUUCCUCGUCGUCGUCUUUUACCACGGCGAGCUCAUCAAGUUCUAAUCCCACAUCAAGUUCUAAACCUACAUCCUCCUCUCAACACUUGACAUCUUCUAGCCAUUCUGCGUCUAAAAUUUCUUCGUCCAGCUCUAAUUCUCCUACGCCAACUACUUUUUCUUCUUCCUUGGUGAAGACAGUAACUCCUAGUGCGUCGAGCUCAUCUUCAUCUCCAUCUCCAUCUCCAUCUUCGACUGCUCCACCGAAGAACUCUCAAGCCUCGAAAUCGAGUAAUUCAUUAAAUGCUGGUGCAAUUGUUGGUAUUGUAAUCGGUUGUGUUGCUUUUGCGGUUGUCAUUGCUUUAUGUGUCUGCUUAUUCUUCUGGUAUAGAAAGUUUAAAGCAAAGAUGAAUGCUAAAGAUGAUAUUACUUUUCCUUCCUAUAAAAGUGAGCUGGACUCGCGUCUUGAUCCUGGUAUGCUGAAUAAUCGCAAUUCGAGUGAAUCGUUGGCCGAUAGUCAAGACUACUCGAGAAGAAUUUUAAGGGUUAUGAAUUAGAAGAAGAAAAUAUUAAUGUAUGCAUCUUUUGCUUCAACGCACUUGGAGACAGCUUUAUAUGUUUACCCAAACGUCUUCAUGUGCAUUUAUUUCCCGCAUAUAAAGAUAAAAAUGUAUGUUUUAUUUCUCGCUCCAAUAUUUAUUUAUUCAUUUACUUCGUUGUUUCAUUUCUUUCUUUUUUAUGGGAUUUGUUUUUCGGCUUCUAAUCUCAUACUUUUUCUUUCUUUAUACCUAAUUACAAAAUUUUUAUUAUUUCUAUUCGACGUUAUUUUUACAUUUUCUUCUUUAAGUUCGGUGUCUACCAUCAGGAACAUGUGCAAAAGAUCCAAGGAUUACUUAUCAGACUUUUGCAGUUUCAAACUUUUAUUGAGAAAUAAGCGAAUGCGGUAAUGACAGCAAAACAUUAUUGAUGUUUUUGUAUUUUACUUAUAUCCUAUCCUUUAAAACGAUGUUUUCUUUCAUACCGGUUGAAUAAAGAAAUACUUAAUUAAAUUUCCGUUAGAUGUCUUUACCUCUUUAUUAUUAGAUAUAUGUUUUUAUAAUUCAUUGAAGGAUAAUUAACCUUUGGAAAGGUAUGGUUUCGUGAAUAUGUGUUUUCAUAUAACGCUAAAGAAAGUUGCCUUCUAUGGAAAGAUUUUCGCAACAAUACACAUGGUUGGAUCUUACCAAAAGCUUCAGUUGGUGUCGCGACCGACCUAUUGCAAUGAACUUAACCACUUUAUUUUUUUUUCUUUUCUCAGGUUAUAUCCUAUAACUCAGUCACUCUUUCAAUUGCUUUAAAUGAUUUUUUCGCUUGCUUUCUUGGUUUUUAAAGGAUUGAUUAAUUACAAUUCAGUAAUACAAAGUAGCAAUCAGGGCACACAUGUUGUUUUGACCCUUUUUUACUUUCAUUUUUAUUUUUUUUUUUGAUAGGGCAAAAAAUUAAAAAAAAGUGUGUUAUGUUAACCCUUCCUCCCUCUUGUCUCAUACAAGGCUUUGUGCAAUCUGGGAAAUACGACUGCGCACAACUAAAAACCAAUUGAAACAUUUUGUAUUUCUUCAAACCCGAUAAGAGAAGAAAGCUUGCUUUUUUAUGUCCAUCAUGAAUAUAUUGACCUAGGCCCUUUAUUUUCAUUCCUUUCAAACUUCCUAUGCUAUAUACUAUAUCACACUCUCCCUACCCUCUUGAGCUUUUUACAUAAUACUCUAAAAGCAUAUGCUUAUUUCUUUAUCGUCUUAUUUCGCUAGAAUGAUUAACGUCACUCGGAUUCUAGAAGGUGACGUCAUAGCCCAUAAGAGUUAUAAAUUCAAGAAUCCUCUGCUACAGAGUUGCUGCUUGUUAUUUACGAACCAAAUUAGAUCAUUAUCAGGUCGUCGCGAUAUU